AUGAAGCUCGCUCUGACUGCAGCCGUGGGCCUGCUCUCCUCCUCCGUCUUGGUCACAGCCCAGACGUACACUAAUUGCAAUCCGACCGAGAAAACCUGCCCCGCGGAUACUGCCUUGGGCCAAGCGGAUGUCACUUACGACUUCACCUCUGGUGCCUCGGAACAGUUCUCUGCCUCCGGGACCGUGACUUACGAUGACACCAACGGCGCCACAUUCACCGUGGCAAAGAAGGGUGACGGGCCCCUGAUCCAGUCCGGCUGGUACAUCAUGUUCGGCAGGGUCGAGUUCACCAUCAAGGCUGCUCCAGGAACAGGCAUUGUGAGCAGCGCCGUACUGCAGUCCGACGAUCUUGACGAGAUCGACUGGGAGUGGCUCGGAGGCAAGAGCUCCCAGGUCCAGACCAAUUACUUCGGCAAAGGAGACACGAGCACCUACAACCGCGGCGCCUUCCACUCCAAUCCUAACAACCAGGCUGAAUGGCACACCUACUCCGUCGACUGGACCAGUGAAGAAAUUGUCUGGGCCAUUGAUGGUGUCACCGUUCGCGCCCUCACGCCCGCGACAGCAGACACCAACCAGUACCCCCAGACUCCGAUGAUGAUCAAGGUCGGCGUUUGGGCCGGCGGUGAUUCCGACAAUGCCCAAGGAACCAUUGAUUGGGCUGGUGGUGUGACCGAUUACAGCCAAGGUCCUUUCAGCAUGUACAUGAAGAAGCUGGUGGUGACCGACUACUCGACCGGCAAGUCAUACAGUUACGGCGACAAAUCUGGCACCUGGCAGUCUAUUAUCUCUAACGGAGGCAAAAUCAACGGCAACAGUGCCGAUGAGCCUACUGAGACCCAGUCCGCUCCCACAAUCACGUCGACCGCCUCUGGAAUUCCGAUUCCCUGGAGUGGAACACACAAGGAGACCUCGACUUGGACCACCCCCGACGUCUGGCCCUGGGUUGCCACUGGUUCAUCCUCGGCUUCCACCUCUCUGCCCAAUGGUUGGGAAUCUGCCUCUGGCCGCAUCUCACCACCUGGCGGGAGCUCAAUGAGUGAGCAAUACCCUGUACCCUUCGUAAAGAAGACCCUGGAAUCAGCCACUAAGACGAAGUCACUUCCACAGUCUACCUUCCAAUCUACCUCAGUGUUCUGGGCUUCACCCUCGGCUGCCUUUUCCCCUUCUGGUGUUGAGACCUCUUGGGGCAAUGGGACCCGUCUUGCCCCCAGUAUGACCUCGAAGAAAACGAAGACGAAAACCAACCCAAACAAGACGAAAACCAAGACAACCACGACACAAACCGAGAUUAACAAGGCGAAAACCAAGACCGAGCCCACCAAGACCAAUGAGCCAGCCACUACUUCGAUAUCGGCCACUGCUUCUGCGGUGAACGCGGGAAUCAGCACGCGCACUCCAGCCAUGCUCAGCAUUUUCUGCGCUCUGAUUGGUAGCACUUUUGCUGUCCUUUAA